UACAUGUAUUUAUUUGUGGUCUCAAGACUGAGUGGGGAUCUCUUACAGUAUGGAAAGCUUAAGGAGAGGCGGCAGGAAGCAGUCGGACCAUGUCAUUCAGUCACAGAUCAAGCAACUGGCAGAGGAGCAGGAGAGAGUACAAACGAAAACUUUCACCAACUGGGUCAACUCCCAUCUGCGAACAUCAAAGCGUGAGCCACCACUGCAGGUGGUUGACCUGUGUCAAGAUGUCAAGAAUGGAGUUGUCCUGCUUAGAUUACUGGAGGUGCUGUCCGGGGAAACGCUGCCAUUUGAGAGAGGAAGGAACAUGAAGAGAGUCCACUAUCUGAGUAAUGUCAACACAUGCUUAAGAUUCCUGGAGGGCAAGAAGAUCAAGUUGGUGAACAUCAAUGCAUCUGACAUCAUUGAUGGCAAACCACCAAUCGUACUGGGCCUUGUGUGGACGAUCAUCCUCUACUAUCAGAUUGAGCAGAAUGCUGGUGCCCUGGAGAAACUGGCCGAAUCCGGCAUGUCCAGCAGCACGGGCAGCAUGGAGAGUGUCGGCAGCACCAGCGACACAUCAUCCACCGCCAGCAAGCCAGAGGCUCCCAGACCUAGCAGCAGCAGCUACCUGGAGCCACCACCUGCCAAGAAGGCUGCCAAGGCUGUGUCUAAGCUGAAAGGGAAACUGACGGCCAAGAAGGCACUGCUUGCCUGGGCUCAGAAGGCAUCCAAAGCUGCUGGUUCGGGCAUGAAGUUAGAGAUCAAAGAUUUUGGUCCAAGCUGGAGAGAUGGCAAAGCCUUCAAUGUUCUGAUUCACAACAUACGGGAGGGCCUGAUCGACCUGUCCAUGUUGCCUAAACGGACAAAUGCUGAGAACCUUGACGAAGCGUUCAACAUUGCAGAACAGGAACUGGGCAUUGUGAGGCUCCUUGAUGCUCAAGAUGUUGAUGUGGACAAGCCAGAUGAGAAAUCCAUCAUGACUUACGUCUCACAAUUCUUCAAAGCAUUUCCAGAAACAGGGAGCAAGGCCGAUAAAGCCAAGGACGAGGAGGCUAAGAUCUGUCAUGAUAUCAAUGAGUGGCUGGUGAAAGGAGAAGCCAUGAUCACGUCGGCCAAGCAGAAACAGCGUACCAAAGAAGAGCAGUACUCGCAAUUUGUGGAAUUCCAAGCGGAGCACAAAAAGUGCCAAAGCCUAAUGACAGUCGUCAUGGACAAAAAGAAGAAGAAACUGCUCCUGACUCUCUCAGAUGAGCAGUUGGACGUCACCGAGUCACGCUGGAGCAAGCUGGUCGGCAAGGAGACGGAGUGGAAGCGGUCUGUGGAGGCGGGGCUAGCCGGUGGGCUGGGCCCGUGCGGGGAGUGGCUUAACAAGGCCGAGGCUCUAUUGGACGAUGACCUGACGCCCUUGCAGUCACAGGAGGAGACCCACAGCAGCAUGAGAAGGAAGCUGAUUGCUCAUCAGGAACACUUCCGAGACGCCAACAGGGUCCACAAAACCUUCCUGGAACUGAGCCGCACCGAGCUGGCAGAGAACGUCCCGCCGACCAUCUUCCAAGACAUGUCCGAACGCUUUAACAGGGUCCUAGCAGCGUCUCAGAACCGAGGGACUAAGCUGGAGUACCUGGAGAUGAAGUAUCGUCUCUUGGCGUUCAUCGUCAUGGCCGAGAAACAAUUGCAGGCUUGGACGGUGAAGUACGGCAACAAGGAGAGCGUGGUCACACUGCUAAAAAAUUACAAGGUUUUCAUCAUUGAGGAUCAGUUCUUUGAGCAGUAUGAGGAGACGUUACAACAGAUGGAGGUGACUACAGAGGCAUACCACAAAACCAUCACCAAUGAGAAAGAGCGAGAAGGGAUGCGGCGUUUCCUUAGCGACAUGAAACAGAAGAAGCGUAACUUGACCGUGGAGAUCACCAGCAUUCAAUCCAUGCUGGAGAGCGUCAUAGAACACUGGCAGUGCUACACCACCAACGUCGGCUCGUUCCAACCCUGGCUGGAAGAGGCAGAGAAGGUCUUGCAACGAGGCGACCAGACUACCAAGAUGGAUUACUUCAGUGAGUUAUCUGUAUGGCUGGACCGUCACACUGCCAUGAAUGAGUCUGGUAACUUCCUGAUUGAGACUUGUCAUGAGGCAGCGUCACUGAGCAUCCAACAACAGCUGCUGCUCAUCAACCGGCGAUGGAAAGAAACAUUUGAACCAGCCAAGGUCUACAUGAAGUCUAAUGAGUCGGAGAAGCUUCACCAGGAAUUCACAUCCCGUGUAGUGUCUCUCAACGUCUGGCUAGACAAAGCUGAGAAAUGUGUGCUGCAACCCGUGGAAUGCCACUACAGUGUCAUCAAGGAACACGUCCAGCAACUUGAUGAGUUGCGAAGCCAGGUGCCCGGCCACGAGUUCAGCUUCAAGCACCUGUCCCAACUGGCCCAGUCCCUGGUCAAGACGCGAUCCAAGGAGGAGACGGCCGUCAUGGUCGGCACCCUGCGGACAGUCAAGGACCGGCUGACGGGGGUCAGGGACGCCAUCCCGCCUCGGGCCAAGGCCGUGAAUGAGAUGUCGCAGGCGCUGAGAGAGUAUGAGGAGGGGAUGGAGGAUGCAGAGGGGUGGGUGGAGAUUGCCGAGGGAUUGCUGAGAUCGUAUGAGGAGGAGAGGGUGAAACCGACGAAGAUGGAUCCUAAGGAGAUGGAGAAUUGCCUCAGGAGACAUAAGGCUCAUUUCUCCAAAGCUGCCCACGUUGGCCAACAGCUAGAAGACAAGUCCCAGAUUGUGCGAUACGUCAUCAGUCUGAACAAGGAGAGUUAUACAGAGACGACCACGCUUGAGAAAUCGACUGCCAACAUCCAGCUGCGCUAUAGGACUACAGUGAGUCUGGGGCUUGAGUGGGAGGAGCGUCUGUCUGGACAGCGACAGGAAUGGCAGGCAUUUGAAGCCAGAGAAGCCGAGCUUGCUGAGUGGCUGCAGCAGGCCAGCAAACACCUGCUGGAACACAAAGGGCCAGUCAGUAAACAGCUGGACAAUCACAAGGCAUGGUUUGAGUCAGGCCAGCCCGAAGCACUAACCAGAUUCCUGUUAACGAGUCAAGAAUUGCUUCACUCACUGUCACCUGAAGACAGACAGCGUGUAGAAAGCAGAGUCCGGGCACUACAGGACAAAUACCAGGCACUGAUGCGAGCAGCUCCACUGAAGUUCCGUCAGCUACAGUUCCCGCAAGCUAAGGAGAUGCUGGACAAGAAGCUGCAGGAGAUUGAGACUGAGCUGGCUGGGGAACAUCAAGCCCUGAAGGAUGGGCAGAUCCCUGCAGAUGUCAUGGAGAGACACAUGAAUUUCUUUCCCAAGCAACAACCCCUGGAGUCUUGCACACAAUGCAUCCAGUCCAUGGAGGACAUCCAGAAGCAGCUCAUGACCCUUGACCCCAAGUAUGACCCCUCACCUCUGACCCAGGCCAUCCAGCAGGGGCAGGCCAGGCAUGGGAAGCUGAGCCAGGAGGUGGUGAACUUGGCCAAGAGGCUCCAUGAUUUGCCAGGGUUGUGGCAGGAAUACAAUGAUAGGUUUGAAGCCUUGUCCCAAUGGGUGUCUGAUACCAAUAACAUCAUGAAGGCCAUCCAGACCACUGACAACCAUGAAGACUUCAGGAAACUCUGCCUAAAGUUUGAGUUUCUGUCUGAAAUGGCCGAAGAGACACACGAGGAGCUAGCCUGGCUGAACACCACCCUCAAGGCUCUCUCCACGGACUGCCCGACACAGCAGAAGCUAUCAGCAGAGCGCCAGUUAGCCGGUCUCCUACGCUCCCACAAGGCCACGCUGGACUCUGCCCGCCAGUUCCCCGUGGAGAUUGUCGCCCUGACGAUGAUGUUCACCUACGUCGAGAGGACGGAGAAGCUGAUUGGCUGGCUGAGGGAGGUCCGGGAGCAGAUGAAGGAGCCUGUCGAUUGGACGAGUCUGGAGUCCUUGCAGAAGCAAAUGGAGCAGCAUAUGGCUAAGAAUGUUGAGGUGCAGCAAAGAGAACCUGACAUCAAAGAGUUGACACACAGCGGCAGGGACCUGCAGCAGCAGCAGCAACAGCAGACACCAAUGGCAGACAGAGUGGGUCAUGAAGCCACUGAGCUGGACAGAUUAUGGAAGGAUGUCAAGACUAAAACAGCACACAGAGCUGAACAAUUGAAGGAGUGUCUGAAACAGCGACAAAUCUACGAGGAUGACAAGAAGAAGUUAGAGUCUUUCCUCAGAAAAGCUGACACUGAAGUCCAUGAGCCUGCUCCGCUUGCUGGUCUGGGGCCAGUUCAAGAGAAGCUUAAUGCUGUCAAGGCUCUACAAGAUGAACAGACCAGGCUCAAACCACUCCUGAUGUCCCUGAGAAACCAAAACCUCCAAAUGGAGAAAACAGCGACCGAUGAAGCCAUCAAGCAGGCCCUCCAAGACAACCUCCGGGGCAUGGAGUCCAGGACUGCCACACUCCGGGAGGAGGUUGCCAAGACACUGGAGACACUGAGAGGUCUAGAGGAACGAUGGAAGGAGCUGGAGGCUGAUCAAGCUAGGAUGGUGGGGUGGCUGGAAGCAACCGCAUCCAAGUUGGAUGAGAUUGAGACGGCAACAGAAGUGCCUGAAGAGACACUCAGGCAGGCUGAGGUGUUAUUUGCCGAGAUCUUUGGCAAGCAGAGUGACUUGAGCCUCCAAGAGAAGACCCUAGAAGCUCUGACCAAGGACCUGCCAAUCCUGGAGACCCAAGCCCUGAUGGCCCAGCACCUCAGUCUCCACAACCAGUGGGAGACGCUGUGCUCCCGAGCAAAGCUGCAGAGCGCCAAGCUCUCCGAGGGAGCAUCCCAGUGGCAGCUUUAUCAACAGCGGUUGCAGCAGCUCAAGCCCUGGCUGGACAAAACGGAAGAGCAGCUGGAGGGGAAGGCUACUGGAAAGGAAUGCGGGUCACUGCAGGAUGUUGAGAGGCUGAUCGCUGACCAGAAAGUAAUCUCUAAAGAACUGGAGGAGCACCAACCAAUACUAUCAAGCAUUCAAGAACUGUCCAGCCAGCUGGUGCCCCGCCAGUCUGUCCAAUCAGAGGUCGGCGAUCUGAGUGACCGCUUCCGUCACAUCGAGCAGAAGACGGACGAUCUGAGACGCGAACUGACCGAGACGGAAGUACUGUGGAAGGAGUAUGAGGAGGUGAAGGGCAGAUUGGGUCAGGCUUUGGAGACCUUAGAAGAAGGGCAGGCGACGCACUGUAAGGAGUACACUGGCAACACAGGAAAACUGGAGAAACAACUUGAUGAUCUCAAGGAACUCCUUUCGGAUCAACAGUCCGCACAGCCAGACAUCGACAGAUUCCACGCCCUCAACCAAGCCCUCCGGCAGCAUCCCCGCACCAACCCCCACGGACUUGCCAAGCUUCAAGACAACCUCCACACCACAGACACAAGACUCUCAUCCGUCUCCUCAGCUCUCCAGGAGGGAGUGGAGACGGUCGAAACUACCCUCGAGGAACGGCAGGAGUUCGUCCAGGAGGUAGAGAGACUGACUGCCGAUCUUCAGGAGGAUGAGCGAUGUUUCUCCGAGUGGAUUGAGGUGUAUGAUGACAAAGUGGAAGAGGAAAUAAAAAAGGCACAGGCCAACCUAGCAAGAAUCAGUGGUCAGGGUGAUAGAGUGGGCAACUUGACUGGCAUGGUCCAGGCCAUCUGCAGCAAGUGCGAUGCCACACAGGAGCUCGCCAUCUCCCGCAAGGUGACCGGUGUCUCCAUGCUCCAAGACGGCGUCCAGGAAACGGCAGCGCUUCGAAUCACAGUCUUGAACUUCUUCCUCGAGUUCUGUGAGACUCGGCAGGUGAUUGUCGACACUCUGAAGGAAGUUGAGGAAGAAUUGAGUCAAGAAAGCGUGACUGAAGGCAAAGUUGAGAAGCUACUGGAGAGGCUGGAAGCGGUGAAGCCCAUCCUGGCUGAAUGGCGCGACAGGAGCCAGGAGCUCGAUAACCGAGCCCAGAGAGCCAAGGUGAUACCCAAGAUGCGUGGCAUCGUCAAGGGAGAACCUUCCUCACCUGUUGAGACGGAGAUGACAAGACUGAGGAGCAAACAUGACGAGCUGACGACGCAGCUCUCUUCGCUUAGGGAUGAGCUCUCAGAGAGAGCCAGAUUGAUGGGAGAGUUUUGGGAGAAGCAGAGAGGUCUGUCCGAAUGGCUGGACAGCGUUGAUGCGGACCUGGAUGAGAAGAAGGCUUCAAGACAAAUCCUUAGUGAAGAGAACCUGCGGGAUUUCCUGAAAGACUAUCAGGCAUGCCAAUCACAGCUAAACAAGAACCAGCCAAGCAUCGCAGAUCUCAACAUUCUCGGGAAGCACAUCCAGGAAUCGAACCCGGCCCAGCGGGAUGCAAUUCAAGCCGCCCUCGAUGCCGUCAAUGACCACUCCAGUGAAAUCCAGGAGAGGGUCGACGGAACAGCGAAGAAGCUUGAAACAGCUCUCAGUCUGUGGCAGGAGCUCGACCGGUGCAAAAGGCCCAUUUUGGAAUCCAUUGUGAAGGUUUCCAUGGUAACUGAGCAGCCAAUCAAAUGCAGCAGCAGAGAGGAGGCAGAGGAAUUGCUCCAACAACACCAGAUUGCAAGUGAGGAGCUAUCACCUCUCCAAGACCAAGCUCAACAUCUGCAAUCCAUCACCAAGGACCUGACAUCCCUCCUCAACACACUCCCAACGAGCUCAACCUCCGACCUGCCACCCUCCGUCCAAGACGCAACCACCACCAUCCCAUCAUCUCUAGCAACCUCGGCCGCAGUUGUCCAGGAGAGGAUGGCCAACCUAAGGAGGCAGCUGGAGCUGUGGGAGGCGGUGCGGCUCCAGGAGGAUGCCCUGGCAUCUUGGCUCGGCGCUGAGGUGUCAGAGCUGGAGCAGGUGCCGGCCAGGAUGGAAGACGAGGGGAGAACCAAGGCCAGGCUGGACCAAUUCAAGACUGAUGUGUCUAGCCGUGAAGCAGAGCUGACCCUUCUAGCAACCACUGUGCAGGAGUUGAGGUCCAUGAACCCAGGUGCAGCCAUACCGGUGGCUGAGGAGGCAGUCCAGAGAGUGGAGGCUAACAUCACCCAGGCUAAGCAGCUGGCUUUGAAUGCCGAGAGCAGCUUGGGAGAGUUCACCAGUCAGAGAGACAACCUGAGAGCAAGACUGCAAGACCUGAUGUCUCGACUCCUAGAGCUGGAUGAUCGGUUGACUCGUUGCUCAGACCUGGGUCUUCAAGAAGAUGGAAUCACUGAGGAGAUCAUUGAGUGCCAGGCUGUUGCAAGUGACCUGAGCAACCUAAGACCUGCUCUCGACACCCUGGUGAAUGACCUGCAGACACUCCUGCAGAAGUUCCCCAAGUCCAACGCCAGCCAGCUGCAGGCAGACCUGGACGGACUGGGCAAGAAGUUUACCGACAUCGAACUCCGAGAUCAUCAAAUCCAUAAGAGCCUUACAGACGCCCUGCUGUGUCGCUGCCAAGACUUACUCAAAGAGGUUGAGGCAGAGAUGGAGUAUGACGUAGAUGAGCUGAGUAACUCUGCCAGCACUCAGGGUGAACCCCAGACACUGGAGAGGAGACUCAAUGAUGUCAAGGACCUGAAAAGCAAUUCGCUGCCCCAGCACUCAUCUCAGCUCGCAGUGAUCAACGCCAAACUGGAGAAAGUCCUCCCUCUACUCUCCGACUCCCAGCGAGCCCUGAUCACCCAGGAGGCCCAGGGGAGACAGAACCAGCUCACCAAGCUCCAUCAGGAUGCGGACGAGGCAGAGAAAGCCCUUGAGUCCUGCCUGCUUGACUGGCGAGACUUUGAGGAGACUGCUCAGGAGAUGGCGACGGAGCUCGGGGAGGUGGACAGGCUGGUGGAGGCUGAGUUGGUGCCUUGCUCAAGCGUGGAGGAGAGAAGAGCCCAACUGAAGAACUUACAGGCUUUAGCAGAGAGACUUGACUUUGAGAGGCCCACCCUGACCACCGUGGACCACAAAGCAGACAGGGUCCUGACCCGGUGUGGUACCAAGAAGCCAGUAGAUCAAGCUGCUGAGCUACAACAUGAUUAUGAUCAGAUCCAAGCAAGAGUUAAGGAGGCAAUGGCCCAAUGUGAGCAAGGGAUCCUGCAGCAUGAGGGAUUCCUCAAGACUACAAAUGAAGCUCAGACAUUUUUACAGCAAGCUGAGGACACCUUAGUGACCUGUGCUGACCCCUCAGGUGAUCGGAACAUGUGCGAGGACAAACUGCAGACCUCGGAGAGCUUGCUAACCAAACAGGACCAGAUCCAAUCCCAUCUCGACAGCGCCAUCCAAGCCCAGGACCAACUGGCCCCCCAGACCACUCCAGAUGGUCAAUCCUCCAUGAUCUCUCGCAUCCAGCUCCUCCAGGGCCAGUGGAAUCAGGUCGUGGCCGGCCUGAACCAGUGCAAGGCGCUCCUGGAGGAAAGGAUGCGGAGAUGGAAGGAGUACAAGGAGGAUUUGGAGGAUCUGGACCAACGGUUGCAGAAGUGGGAUGAGUCUGUCGGCAGGGCUUCUGAGUUAAGGGAGGAUCUGCCUGAGAAGGCUUCCCAUCUGGAAGAAGUCAAGUUGUUGCAAGCAGAGAUUAGGAACCAAUCUGAGAGAAUCCAAAACUUCCAGGAAAAGGCCGAUUCUCUGGCUGCCAACAAUUUGGUGGAUGUAACGCAGCAGGUGGAAUCACAGGCAGAGAAUGUACAGCAACAGUACCAGGAUCUCCUGGACAGAAUCAAUGACAUUCAGCAUCAGCAGGAGGAGUCAGUGGUUGCUCAUGAGUCUUGGCAGGAGGCAGCAGACGACAUGUCAGGCAUCAUCACAGCCGUAGAGGAAGGACUGAACCAGACAGCCAGCCUGCCAACGCAGGUGGAGGAAUUACAUGCCAAGAAGGCACAGGUUAUGGAACUUCAAGCCAAAUUGCCCAAAGGCCAGUCCAAACUCACCCAGCUAGGUGACUGCACCAGCAAAGCGCUAGCCUCCACUGCAGCCGCCGGCCAACCCAAGCUCAGCCACCAUGCUGCAGAACUUAGUGAGAAGUGGAACGCCCUGCAGGCUCAAGCGGCUGAAGCAGAGUCUAGGAUUGCUGAGAUGCUGAGGCAGAGAGGCCACCAUGAUGAUAAGAGAGAGGAUUUUGCGAAAUGGCUGAGCAAGACAGAGAAGGAGUUGGCGGAGGCCUCUCAGCUCUGUCCAGAUCUUGAAGGAAAGGAGAAGAUUUCGCAGAAAUGCGAGGAGCUUACUGAUGACAUUGCCAACCAUGAACCAGCGCUAGCCGAUAUCUUACACAGUGCCCAUCAAUUUAAUGAUAACCUGUCAGAGCAACUAGCUGCAAGAUACCACGCCCUUAAAGACGGAGCUGCAGAUGCCAAGCAGCAAGCAGUGAAAGCAGUCGACGACCACAGAUUUUACAACCAGAGUGUGGAGGAUUGCAAGGCUUUGCAUGCACAGACAGAGAAAACCUUGGAAGAGAAUGCUGGAAUACCAGAGACAAAAGAAGAACUGCAAAAGCAACUUGAUAAUCUCCAGAUGCUGCAGCAGAGUCGACCUGACGGCGAACAGAAAGUGGAACAAUCAGUUGCCAUAGCAACCAACACCUUACCUUUGACCUCUCCAGAGGGUCAAGAGGUCAUCCAGCAAUCCGUCGCCACUCUCCAACAGGAAUCAGCCGCCUUGCAAGAUCAUGCCGAUCGGGCCAAGGACCAAUCAGAACAAGCCUUACAGAAGUGGGAAGAGCACGAUGACAGAUGCAUGAAGCUCUCUGAUUGGAUGGCUGAGGCAGGGGCGAUACUAGAUGAUCUCGGGAAACCCUGUUCUGAUAUGGUGGAAAGGAAGAGGAAAUGGGACAUUUUGCAGUCACUGAGCCAAGAGGUUGAGACACACAAAGGAGAUGUGGAGAUUCUGUCUCCCCUGACACAGGAGCUGCAUGACGUCGGUGUGAGGAGCCCAACGAUCCAGACCAACACAGAGACUGUCAACACUGAAUAUCAAGAACUCUGUGAUAAACUAAAGGAUUCCCAGGCCCAAUGUUCCCAAGGCAUCAGACUCAACAAAGAAUUCCUGCAAGCAGUUGAGAGAGCGGAGACAUUUUUACAGCAAGCUGAGGAGACCCUGGCUGCCUGUUGUGACCCCUCAGGUGACCGAAAGAUGUGCCAGGACAAGUUACAGACAGCCGAGAAUCUCUUAGACAAGCAAGACCUAAUCCAAACCCAGCUAGAUGCGGCAACAGAGACCCUGAACUCCCUGGAUCCACACACCGCACCUGAGGCUAACUCCACCCACCAGGCCACCGUCCAAUCAUUGAAGAGCCGAUGGGACCAACUGGUCCCCGGCAUCAACCAAUGCCGAGCCCUGCAGGGGGACCGGUUGGACCAAUGGGUAAAUUUUGAGGUCGGCGUGGACGAGAUGGGACAGUGGUGUCUGGACAUGGAGACGGCACUGACGGAUGCGGCAGAGCCCAGAGAGGACCUAGCUGAUAAGAGAACUCAUCUGGAAGAAGUCAAGGUACUGAAAGAGAACAUUGAGAGCCAAGCCAAGAAAUUGGAAGAGUUGCAGCAAAAGAGUUGUAUGCUUACGUCAGCUAAUACUCCUGAGAUUAUUGAGAGUGUUGAGAGACAGGUUGCUGAGGCAGAGAAACGCUACCAGGACCUGCUGGACAGGAUGAAGGGCAUUGAGCGUCAGCAGGAAGAAUCAGUGGUUGCUCAUGAGUCUUGGCAGGAGGCAGCAGACGACAUGUCAGGCAUCAUCACCGCCGUAGAGGAAGGACUGAACCAGACUUUUGUCACUCCCUCCGAUGUAGAGGAGCUGCAGGCCAAGAUGCAGUGUCUCAAGGAAUUACAAGCACGGUUCCCGGAAGGACGGUCCAAGCUCAAUCAACUCCAAGACUUCACUCAACAGGCACUAGCCUCCACCGCAGACGCCGGACAGCCGAAAUUCAACCAGCAAGCCACACAGCUCAAUGACAGAUGGGAGAAGGUGUUGGCAAAGGUGGCUGAAUCGGAGGCUAAACUCGCAACCAAUCUGCAGCAGAGAGGAGAGCAUGAUGGGAAGAGGAGUGACUUUGAGAAGUGGCUGGCCGAGAAGGAGGUUGAACUGGAGGAGUGCUCCAUGCUGCAGACGGACCUCCCUGGGAAGGAGGAUGCAAGUCACAGAUGCAAGAGCCUUGUAGAGGAAGUAGCACAACACGAGCCUCAACUGACUGAGUUGAUGCAAAGCGCUCAGCAACUUCUGGACACCAGCAUUGAAAGCGUCUCAGUGCGAUUCCACACACUGAAACACAGAGCCAGCGAAUCGUCUGAGCGUGCAGACAGGGCCCUGGAUGACCACCGACUGUACAAUCAGAGUGUGGAUCAGCUACAGAGCUGGCUGGCCGAGGCAGAGAGGAUCCUGGAUGACAAUAAGGAAGUACCACCCAGGCUGGACAAACUCAAACAGCAGCUACAAAACCUCAAGAAUUUGGAGCAAACUCAAGAGACUGGCCACCACAAGUUGGAGGACACCUCAGCCAGGGCAGAUCUAGUCUUGGCUCUGACCGCCCCGCCUGGCCAGAAUAUUGUCCACCGGUCACUCUCUGGCCAGCAGCAAGACGUGACCUCCCUGACUGACCACACUACCGAGGCAAAGGACCAAUUACAACAGGUGUUAGAGAAGUGGGAGGGUCACAAUGCAGGAUGUAGGAAGCUUUCUGAUUGGCUGAUGGCGGCUGAGACGGCGCUCGUCAAUCUUGAGAAGCCGUGUGUUUACCUGGAAGAGAAGAAAAUGCAACUUGACAAACUGAUGUCCCUUGAGGAGGAUGUUGUUUCCCAGCAACCAGACAUUGAGGUUUUGACUCCACAAGCCCAAGAGCUUACCGAGAUAGGUGUCUCUGAUCCCAGCGUCAGUGCCAAAGCCCAAGACAUAGGGGACGAAUAUCGGGAUUUGUGCAGCAGGCUCAAGGUUGCCCGACAGGAAAGAGAAGAGCAGGUAACUGAUCACGAACAACUGACCAAUCAGCUGCAAGAACUGAACGAUUGUCUGAAGGCUAAACAGCUGGAGCUGGAUCAGUGUUCGGGAUUGGCUGCCGAUAGAGAGGCCAAUGAGGAGAGGAUACAACAACUGCAGGUCGUACUUGCCAGCCUAUCCGACGGCGAGUCCCAACUCCAAUCCACCCUGGACCAGAGCGGCUUGGUCUGCCCCAACACCGCGCCGGCCGGCCGCGACCGCAUCAACCAACAGCUCCAGACAGCGGCCGACAAACUCAAAUCCUUGAUCCAGCAAGCCGAGAGGGCAAACAGGAGGCUGGAUGACAGUGUGCAGCUGCAGCGGAGCUACGAGGAGAGGUCACAUGAGCUGAAGGGCUGGAUGGGGGAGACUGAGGCUGCGUUGGAGGAGGAGGUUGAUGCAGGAGAGGGACAACUGGAGGCUAAACAGGCGCACUUGGACAAGAUUAAGGCCUUGUGUGAUGAGAGCCAGGAAUUACAGCCAAUCAGGGCCCAGGUUACAUCACUAGGCCAGCAGCUGAUAGCCAGUAACCCAGCAGCCGUCCAUGUUGGCAGUGAAACAACAAGACUGACUGCCGGGUACCAGACCUUGCACAUGAAUCUUAAGAUUUUUUGA